AUGGAUUCAAGUUUUUACCAGCCUUACUAAUUGAAGAGAAACAGUAUAAGGAAUUACUUACUUUUUUCGGAUCAACUUGAUUAUCAGUAUGACUGUUUAGAAUUGGAAAAUGAUUAAUGGGCAAGCACAUCAAUUAUGAAAGGCUUUCCAUAAUAUAUUAAAAUAAGAAUUCAAGAUUAUUUUCCCUUGAAAAUAUUUUUCAAUGUAGGGGCUUUUAAAUGCAAUAUAUAUUUUUCAUUUUUAACCUCUUAGCCUUCCCAAAAGAAUCAUCAGAAACAUGUUGUUAUAAAAUAAUAAAAAAUAAUUGUAAUUAAGAAACCAGAAGAACAUAAGAAUUAUUUAUUUUUCUCUCUCUUAUCAGAUUAUAGUACUUCAAUCAAACUUAAAGCAUGGUUUUAAACAUCCCAAUAUGACAGGAGUUAUUUUCUGUGUUACGAUGGAAGGGAAUAACUAAGAAUGCGAAGUGGUUCUUAAAAUAACAAUAAUACAGAAGAUGAAUCCUUUAAUACAAACAAAAAUAUUUCCUUUAAUAUGUAAAGUGUUGGAAAAUCUCUAAUUAAUGAAAGUGUCCCUCCAAUUAGAGUAUUUAGUGAUAAUCGUAGAAUCAAUUCGGUAAAACAAAGAUGUGAUUAGGUUUCAUUAAAAAAUAAAAUACUAUUAGCUUAACAGAAAAAACUUUAAUUAUUAUCUUAAAAUGUAAUUUAAAAAUACCAAAGAAUGUUAGUACAAUCUUAUAAAUAAUUAAAUCAAUAAAGAAUGAUGAAAAAAUACAUAAAUUAAUGGAUAAUUGUUCUAAAUUUUUUAAAGUAUAUUGAUACCCUCUAUGCUCAUUUUAAAAUUAAUAAAAUAUUAAGAUGCAUGAAUAAUUCUCCAAAACAUUAUGCACAAAGAUGGAAAUACGUUCAUGAAAAAACCACCUCUCUCAAUUUGAGAGUUUUAAUGCAAGCCAAUCUAACUCUAUCGAUCUUCUCAAACAAAUUAUCUGACAAAAUUUCAAGAUAAAUAUCGGAUCUUAUCUUGAUAACUCUAAAUGAUACAUUUUUCAUAAAAACGCAAGCAUAAUUAUAGCAAUCUUUUAUGAAUUUUUACCUAAAAGUUAGACAAAUUUAAUAGUUUUAUAUUGCACAGAGAAAUAAGUUCUAUCUUUAGAUGGAACAAAUGAUUUAAAAUAUCAGAUAACGAUCCCCAUAAAUUCUUAUAUCUAAACAAAGAAUGAAGAGAAUUAUCUUCUUGUUUUACGAAAAGUUGUGUGCAAAACAUAAAGUAGAAUAUAAAAGGUUUUUGGAGUUGGAAGUACCUAAUGUUAUAAUCCUAACGUCAGUGUUCGUAAUAUUUUCAAAACCAAAAUUGAAUAUUAUGAAAAAUGAAGCAUUAUUGCUCUAAAUUAUUUAACAAACCGAAUGA